AUGGACGAGUCUGCGUUGGAGCGAUACUUUGAUAAGUUCAUCGCUAACGACCCCAGGAGGACAGAGGAUGUCAGCGAGGAGGUCGGCGAGGAGGAGCUGUUUUUCAAGUUAUUGCCUGAUGAGCUCCUGACACUGAACACGGUCACCUGUGACGAUGCAGACAGAAUCUGUAAGAAGGAGGAUCUGACUGCAGAGAGCGGGAUCGCCGGCACGCAGUCACGAGACAGCAGCUCCCAGAAUUCCUCAGCAGAAGCUAAGCUCACGUGUGCGUCCUCCUCGUCUGAACUGAAGGCCCUUCCUGUUAAACUCGGGACCCCGGCGGACCCUGAGACACUGAAGGAGAAGUCGUCGAAUGUCGUCCCAGUGAUAUGUAACGUCAUCUCCACAGUGGACCUGGGCUGCUGUUUGGACCUGAAGUUCAUUGCUCGCAGGAUGUGGAACGUGCAGUACAAACCACAGUAUUUCUCAGGGAUCAUCGCCAGGAUCCGGGAGCCAAAAGCAACAGCGACCAUCUUCCAAAGUGGGAAAAUCAUCUGCCUGGGAAUCAAGAGUGUGGAGGAGUCGCGCCUGGCGGCCAGGAAGUUUGCCCGCAAACUGCAGAAGCUUGGCUUUCCCGUGCGCUUCCUCAACUUUAAGAUCCAGAACAUUGUAGCCUUCUGCCAGGCCUUUCCAGUGGAUUUAGCAGAACUGCAGAAGGUCCACAAAGGGCAGUGCAGUUAUCAGCCAGAGUUGUAUAACGGCCUCGUCCUCGACCAGAUUAACGGCAUCAGAGUGUCCGUCUUUUCAGCUGGGUGCAUAAAUGUGUGCGGAGCUAAAACCAGGGUUGAGGUCGAUGAAAUCUUUCAAACCAUCUGCAGAAUCCUGAGAGAGUACAGGAAGGAGUGA